AUGAAAUUCUUACAGAGUUUAGCUAAAGGCUGUUGGACACAGGAUCAACAGCGCAUGUGUUAUGAUUUUUGGAAAUACUUGAAUUUCAGUGGUUUCCUGAUUGCAGUUUAUGUAUUAGCCCUACCAGCUCCAAUUGAAAAGAAAGCUACAAUAGACAGCAGUGUGCGCGGUAAUCCCUUGCCAGCCAAAGAUAAGAUUGAAGUCUGGAGAGAGAAUUUUGAUUCUAAUGUGUAUGUUUUCACUUUGAAUGACCUUAAAACGAUUACAAAAAACUUUAGAUUGGAAUCUCUAUUGGGAAAUGGAGGAUUUGGCAAAGUUUAUAAAGGUUUCAUUGACGAGGACAUGAAAAUAGGGCUUAAAGCCCAGCCGGUUGCUGUUAAGGUCCUUGAUCUAGAAGGUUGCCAGGGCCACAAAGAAUGGAUGGCAGAAGUUGUGUUUCUAAGGCAGUUGACUCAUCCUCAUUUGGUGAAACUUAUUGGGUAUUGCUCUGAAGGUAAACACAGACUGCUGGUUUAUGAGUUUAUGGCUAAAGGAUGUCUUCAAAAUCAUCUAUUUCGAAGGAUGUCUAUUUCACUAUCCUGGUCAAAAAGAGUGAAGAUUUUACUUGGGGCAGCCAAAGGAUUAGAUUUUCUUCAUUGUGCUGAGAAACCAGUUAUCUAUCGUGAUUUGAAGCCAUCAAAUAUUCUCCUCGAUAAUAAUUAUAUGGCAAAACUUUCAGACUUUGGUCUUGCAAAAGAUGGGCCAGAAGGUAGCCAGUCUCAUGUUUCGACUCUUGCCAUGGGUACACACGGUUAUGCAGAUCCUUUGUAUAUAUCUAGCGGUCAUCUCACAACCAAAAGUGACGUAUACAGCUUUGGCGUGGUAUUACUUGAAAUGCUCACUGGUAGACCGUCUCUUGAUUUGACAAGGCCUGGAAGAGAACGCAACUUGGUCGAGUGGGCUUAUCCACUUCUUAACAACAAAAGGAUGCUGUUACGGAUACUUGAUCCUACACUAGAGAAAGAAAGCUGUUUUAAAGAAGCUCAGAAAGCCGCAAACUUAGCCUAUCAAUGCCUUGGCCAAAAACAUCAGUCUAGGCCACUCAUGAAGGAUGUGGUUGAAAUAUUGGAGUCUCUUCAAAUUGUGGAUGAUAUGACAAGUACAUCUUUCAUGUAG